AUGUCAAAAGUUUAUGAGAGUACAGAGAACAAAGAUGCAUCCCCCAGUAAUUUUAUGCCACAGAUGAUGUAUAAGAACUUUGGACACAUUGUCUAUUCGUGCCCUCAGAAUGAAAAAGAAUUCACUGCAUCAGGGGACAGACUUAAUUGUUCGUUGGACGAAAAUGGACGUAAUCAGUAUGUCUGUGCUCCAGAUAAUGAGCAGUCAAUGUUGGUGGAAUUCUGUUUCAAAGGCUUAGUCGGUCUUUAUGAAAAAGGUAAUUGUUUGGAAGUGUUGGAUAAUGGCUAUUUGAACCAAAUCAGCUGUCGUGAUUUUAGAGAAGGAUGUCCUACUAAUCACUUCUUUAUUUCUGACCUAUAUAAAUUUCCAGCUUGUCAUGAGAUAAAUCCACACAUGAAAUGUUUCUUGGCAGAUCCUGCUUGUCCAAAUAUAACUGCAGCAGGUACAGAUGAUGGAAAAUCUUUGUCUUCCUCAAGUAUUUUAGCAAUCACAUUGGGAUUACUUAUUCCCAUUCUGCUCAUGAUAACCAUAGCGGUGCUGAUUGUUUUGAAAAAAUGGAGAACGAAUUUAACUCAGCAGACAGGAGUUCCCCACGAUAGAGAACUGCUCAUUCCUUAUACCGACUCAAGUAAAAGAGAUGCAGAAAUUCAAAAUGGAAUCCACACAGGAAGUUUGGAUGCGUUUCAAGCAAUGUCUGGCGAAGAGGUAUCCGUCCUAUUUUGCUUUUUGUGCUCAGACGCUGAUAUUCCUGACUUCACUGACAUAUUCUGGCUUAAGAUAUUCAAUCAGAUUCGUCUAUACUGCGAUAAGGAAACUAAACCCAGUGACAAUCUUAGAGUGAUUAGACAUAAAAGUAUUCAGAAAGAAAAUCUAACAAGUGAGGAUGCUCUCCAGACUCUAGAAAGACUUAAAACAACUGAAUUUCUUUACCAUGAUCAGAAUGGGCUUCACAUCACUGAGGAUGCCGCAGAUGAAACUAUAUACUGUAUAAUUCAGCGUUCCCCCUUGCAUAGCGACUAUAAUCUCUUUUUAUUCAGUUUCACCACAACUUUGAAAUACUUUAGAUCUCAUGGAUACCACAGAAAUUCUCAAGAAAAAUGUGUGAUAAGUGGAAGCUUGGUCUGUGAUACUAUCAUCGUAUAUCGUCUACAGAUGGACAUUCUAAUACAUAAAACUUUGGAGGACACAAACAUUUUCUCUCGUGUUUUUCAGAUUUUGAAUAUUCCUGAGUCUAUAUUAAAAGAAGAUGUGAAUCAACGGAGAAAUUUUUUAAGGGAUUUGGAAAAAAGAGGAGAGGUUGUCCAUUAUAGUGGAAAACCACAGACAUGUUUACAGGUAGAAUGGAUUCCUAGAUUCUGGAGGCCUGGCAUUGUGCGAUCCUGUGUAGGGCCUCAUCCUCAAAUGGAUAUUUACAUCAUUAAUAACAAGGCUUACCGAGAGCAAAGUGAAUAUCACCACUUUUCAUGGGAUGUUAAAAGUCAGCUCUAUUGCCUCCUUUUUAUGGAUAACUAUGCUCUUGAUGUCGACAAUGAUUCUCAUAAAGCUGUACUAAAGAAAAUCAGAGAGAAAUAUUGUGCAGAAGAGACUUUAUCUGAUGAUUUCGAUCUUUCUCAUUUUCCGAAAUUUUGCGUAAAAUCACGAAGCAAUACUGUGACAUUUUUAUCGGACGACACACGGCAUGACGUCUUGUAUGCGUUUGCAACGGAAUGUCUUUUGGACGAUGGUGAUUUGGAGUUUUUCCUGACAACUGCUUCUCGACAUGUGCUUUCCGAAUACUGUAGGUCUUGGAAUUAUAAGAGGAAGGAGAAAGAAAGGUGCAUUUUUAUUCCAAACAGACCAAGGCAAUUGUACGAAUGUUUUAUUAACAAGCUAGGACUUGACAUUAUAAAACACUGCACCGUAUCGGACCAAAAUAUUCACGGGAAGAUAUUUGAAUGUCUGAAAGUCCCAGAAGAAAUAUUACAAUGGGGUCAGGAAGCCCGGAAAGAGUAUGUAGAGUGUGCAAAGAGGGGGACACAAGAGAUCCACCACGCCAGAGGGAUGAUUGUGGGGUGUGCCCAAGCUGGAAAAACAACACCGCUGAAACGUCUUUUACGAUGUAGCAAUAAGGAAAUUCUGAAUGUCACUCCAACAGAAGGACUUGAAGUCCACGAGAAAAUACUUCAGAUUUCUGAUGAUUCCAAAUCACUCAAUGCAACAUCAUCGUCGAAAAGUGGAAGAAAUGAAAAUACACUAGAUCAUAACAGAAAAACGUUAAGUUUAUUUGACUUCGGAGGACAGUGUGCCUACUAUGCCUGUCAUCAAAUCUAUUUGACCAGGAAAGCUUUCUAUAUUAUUGUGGUAGACGCCUCAAAGAACCUCGAUGAUAAAGUGAAUAGGGAAGUUUGUGAUCAAAAUGGGACCUUGUUUUCCGAAUGGACGUACGGUGACUAUUUCGUAUUCUGGAUGAAGUCCAUAUAUACAUACUGCGGUGAAGAAAUUGGAAGUACACUACCAAGAAUAAUUAUCAUAGUAGCAACACACUGGGAAAGCAAAUAUUACAAGUACAAGAAUGAAGAGAAAUUUAUAGAAGCUCUACAAAGCAAAAUUCCUAGAAAUUCACAUUUACUGCAAUACGUAGGAAAGCACAAUUGCUUUUUUACAAAGUUUUCUCUCAGAAGAAACCGAUGUGAUGUUUCUAAACGGUUUUAUCUAGAACCCUUGGAUGCUUUAGAAAGACAAAUCAUAGACAUAAUCUUAGAGAAAAGGUGGGAGGUGGAUAUACCGAGAGAAAUGAAACUCGAUCAAAGAAAAAUUAAAUGGAAAAUCUUGAAAGAGCAAGAUAUUGAAAUGAAGAUUCCGAGAGAAGGUUCGCUGGAUUACACUCAGACACAGGCGUCUAAGAAGACUAUGCUACGGUAUUUUCACGACGCAGGAAAAGUUCUGUACUUUAACGAAGAGGGUUUAGAGGAUUCUGUCAUCAUUGACAUACAAUGGUUUAUAGACGCCUUUAAAAAUAUAAUCACAGACAAGUAACAUUUGAAUGGAAUUGAUGUUACGAUGGAAGAUUGGGACGAGUAUUAUAAUACUGGGCAUCUAAAGGAUCGUACUCUUGAAGCAAUCUGGAAACGUAACGAUGAUGUGUUAGAAAAGCAACUGACUGAGAGCAUCAGAAAAGACGACAAGCAUGAAAGCUUAGAUGAUCCUGAUUUUCCAAACGAUGAGGUUUAUUUCAUUUUUAAAGAACCAUCUGCUAGUCUGGAAAGCGAAAGCACUCUUCAAACAAUGCACAAUUUUCAAUAUCAUCGAAACGUUCUUUUGAAUUUUAUGGAUAGACUUGGAUUAGUGGCUGCUGGUUCGGAAUCUCACUACAUACCUUGCAUGAAUCGUAAAGAAUUUGAUCAGGGAACUCGAAGGUCGCUUCAGGAGAUAAAAAACAAAUCCUCUAUUUUAGUCUUCCGCUUUAAUUUUUUGCCUUACUUUUUAUUUUUUCGCCUUGUUGUUGGCUGCAUGCAAGAAGAAGGAUGGGUUGUAUGUAAAAACAGGAACGUGUCUUGUCUCUACAGAAAUGUUGCUUUGUUUUCUUUUAUUGAUCAUCGUAUUGCAAUUGCAGUUACAGAAACGUCUAUUCAGCUUCAAGUUUAUCAGCCAGAGUCAUCCCGUUUACUGGAUGAAGAGAAAACUGAAGAUAUUGGAAGUUUUGUAGAAAAAAUAUUGAAGAAACUUUCAGGUACAUUUCAAGAAAAAAUUGAAUUUGAGAGGGGCUUUAGUUGUAAAGUGGAAAAUGAGCAAUCAAUAGCAAUGGACAUAGAAGAAAGCUUUAUUCCGGAGAAAGAUAUUGUACCGGGAAAGAACAAGGUAUGUCCAGUGCAUCAAGGUGAGGAUUUCCAUUUUAUUAACACGGAAAACUUAACAAAAUACUGGAAGAAAAGACAUAAAAUAUUAUAUCGACGAU